AUGCAGUUCCUCACCAAACGCACCAUCAACGGUGGCGAUGAUAUCAAAGGCUACGAGCUGCCCGCUUGGGCACUGCUCGUUGUUCUCGUCGAUAUUCUGGCCCUGAUCCCGCUGUUUCUCAUUUUCGAAUACACCUUCAAGAUGGUGUACCCUGUGUUUGCCAUGGUCGAAGACGAGAACCCACCCGCCUACGAACCCGUUCCGCUCAACGAAUCCGCAUCCGACGGCGAAGAAGGCAUCGCUCGCAACGGCUUCAAGCCCACCAACGGCCAGCCUCGAACAGUGACAUCUUCCUUCCGCGCCAUCAACCGCCUCCUCAUGGCCAACGGCGGCAUCAAGGCCAACUUCCGCGGCUUCUUCUGCUACCUUGCCCAGGUCUUCCUCACCUCUAUCCUCAUGGGCAUCUUCACCGGCACUUUUGGCGGCUACUUCGUCCCCGUCGCCACUCUCCUCGCCUCCCUGACCCUGGUUCAGUACAGCACCGCCUGGGUUCACAUCAUCAUUUCCGAGCCUUCACCUUUGCACUUUUGGUCUCGCCUGCCGCCUUUCCGACGCACUUUCGAUGCCACCUGGAAGGCCGUCACCAUUUUCUGGUUCGCCAGCGAAGUCACUCGUUUUAUUCCCCUCAUCAUGGCACUCAUUCUCGGUAUUAAGAUGCCCAAGGGCGGCUUCAACGAGCCCAUGGACAUGGACGCCAUCGGUGCCGGCUUCAUCGUCAAGUCUGUCGUUGUGGCCAUCAUCACCAUUGCCGCUUCUGUCUUUGUCGUCAUCCCCGCCUACGUUAUUCUCGUUCGUGUCCAGGCUUCGCUCUUGCCUGUUGAACAGAGCACCAUUAUUCCCUUUGACCGCUCCUUCGAGGGCAAGGUUGAGCCCGAGGUUGUUGGUGGUAAGGGAUAUGCCACUGUUUCUGAUGCCUGGACCACCUUUAGCAAGUCUUCUUGGCGCCGUCUUUUGAUUCUCUACGUCAAGAUGUUCUGUCUGAGCAUGGCUGCUCUCAUUCUCUUUGCUGCUAUUCUUGUGCCACAGGCCGUUUUUAUCGCCAAGCACAGCAAGGAAGUUCACUAA